AUGGCCAACCUCGCCGAGCUCCCCACAGAGCUCUUUGACGAGAUCCGCUACGAUGAUGUUCUAUCCGAUGAGGACAUUAUAAGCCUUUCUUGUGUCUGCAAGAGAUUCCGAAAACUCUGUGUCCCAUCGAUCUUCGACAGCGUCAGGUUCUCAUGUUCGAAAUUUGGCCUCGAAAACCUCCGCGACUGGGCCAAGUCGGAACUCCGUCAUCAUGCGAUCUUCUUCGCUUACUGGAUACCGCCGUUUCUCGAUCCAAAAGCCCUGACGCUCGAGAAUUUCACCUUCACUUUCAGUGACAGUGAGGAUGCAAAUGGUACCCGCCGAUCUCGCGAAGAAUGGCACGAUAUCUUCCACAAACACAAUAAAGAUACUCAAGAAAUCAUCAAAAGUGGCACAGAUCUUACCGUUCUCUCGUCUGCACUGAAAGCUUUACCAUUUCAAGGGAGCGUUAGAUUCGAUUUCCGUAAUGAAAUCCAGGACCACCACGGACAUAUCCUUAAGAUCCCUCAUCGGAUACAAGACAGUUCGUCCCUGAAAUCUCAAGCAUACGCUCACCACAUCCCUGUUCUAGCAUCCGCCCUCUCACAUGCAAGAGCAGCAGGCCAGCAUUUCGUCUUUCUCCGUCUCGUCGGCAUGUCCGUGGUAGGCGGGGAUGGUGAUUGGCCAUCUUCAGAAGAAACACGCGAUAUGCUCAGGCAAUCGCUCAAGCAGAUGUUCGGAGACGUUGACACAGUGAUACUCUCCCGGAGUCGCACUGUUUUACGCCUGUGUACGGCGUAUCCGUUGCAUAUUCGAGAUGUCGAGAUCCAAAACAUGAGUAUUCUUCGCUCUUACGUUGAGGACUUCCUGUCUAGUAACGUGGCAUCUCUGCAUCGAAUUGGAAUCUUCAAUCUUCAUAGUCCGUGGUCGCCCACGAAUAGUAUGAAGGAGAUUACGGCACGGGAUGUCCUUGAAUUGCUGAAUACGAGGCUCUACCAGAUAUCGGGAAUCCGUUGGGAGCUUGAGCCUGAGGAUGGGCUUGUUCCACGUAUGGUGCGUAGCACUUUGCUCUCUCUGGAAUAA